CAGCACCACCAGCAGCACCAGCAGCAGCAGCACCAGCACCACCAGCAACAGCAGCAGCAGCAGCAGCACCAGCACCAGCACCAACAGCAGCACCAGCACCAGCACCACCGGCAGCACCAGUACCGGCACCACCACCGGCAGCACCAGUACCAGCACCAACACCAGCAGCAGCACCAGCACCAGCACCACCAGCAGCACCAGCACCAGCACCACCAGCAGCACCACCAGCAGCAGCAGCACCAGCACCAGCACCAGCACCACCAUCAGCAGCAGCACCAGCACCACCAGCAGCAGCAGCACCAGCACCAGCACCAACAGCAGCAGCAGCACCAGCAACAACAACAACAA